GUUCACACUUCACAGACUUCAUUGUUUCUGUUUGGCGCUUAUGCAGCACGUUGUAAUGGGUUAAGAUGUCCGGAGUGGGUUGUGUGACCCGAUGCGAAUCGCGGCCUCGAUGGCCAUGCAAAUCGCUCUUUGCUCUCGGAAACAAGCAUUGACAUGCACCAGGUUGGACCCAUCGACCAUCCAUCGCAGCCCUUGGCCCCUUGCUUCGAAUUCAUGGCUCAGAGGCACCGGAGUACGUAACUUGGCACAAUCAUCAAUGCACACAUCGUGCUCCACACGUUAUCGCAUGGCCAGUGGGUUGUUCUUCAACCAUGUCUCACACCGCAUGGUGUCUCACGGGUCGCGGCCACGAAAGCUGUUUCGUCUUUGUCGAGGACCGUGCAUCGCAUAAUAUCGAUAGCAGUGCGACGAGCACAGACAGAAGCUGUGAUCGGUCCGGCGUCGUGUUGCAAAUGAGCAGCCUGCCGGCUCCACGCCUGGCUAUUUGCCGUGGGGCGGGACGGCUGGGGUCACGUUAGCGUAUCGGUGAUCGACAUGACGAUUUCCUCAAGAUUACAAGACCGGGAAGCUGCCCGUCAAGGUCUCCAAACUCAUCACCGCACUCGGUCCGCAGCAUCUUCAGCCGUAGAUUGCCUGGGCUGCGCACAUGCAAGCUACGUGCACAGCCUUUGGAGGCCGUGACGCACGCGAUGCUGUUCACUUGGCGUACUCACCGCGAGGAUAGCAGCUGGCUACAAUCGAGAAAACGGCAUGAUCCGUAGAUCCCAGCGCCAUAUACAAGUAAAGGGGGAGCCUGGGAAGUCCAUGCCGCCGGCUCUCCGCAGCCUCCUAGGAAGCAAAAGUGCUUUAGACUUCCAAGGGACCCUGGGCUUUCACCAUUGCGGAGACCCCAUUCAGUAAUUAAUGAUAUCCUCUAGGCUCUAAUUAGCACUUGUAUAGGUACCCUGGUAAGUACUAAUCUCUCAUCUACGUACUCCGUAGUAAUACAAGUAUUGCGAGCAUGUAAUUAAGAUGGGG